CAGCCGCUACAAAAAGCAGCCAUAUUUAAUCUCAUUUGACCUGUUUGAGACUCUGGUUUGAGACCAUCGACUGUCACGCAACAGUCGAUCAUGUGUUUUGUCGAAUUAUUUGUAGAUUAGUGCAAAGUUACAAUGUCCAAAUUAUCCUUUUUGCCUUCACAGUCGGUUAAUGAUGUUUUUUAUAUAGAGGACAUAGAUCGUUUUAUCGAAUUAGUGGAAGCGCGACCUGCAUUGUACAACAAAAAUGUUAAAGAAUAUGCAGAUUUGAGUGUGAAGAAAAAGUUAUGGGAAGAAAUUUGCAAAGAGAUAUAUUCCUUCUGGGAAGAUAUGAACUCGGGCUUGAAAUACGAAAGCAUUAUACGAGUGCAAAAAAAGUGGACAAAUCUAAGGAGUUGCUUUUGCCGCGAAUUAAAAUGGCAACAACGCGUCAAGAGUGGCCAAGCAAGUUCUAAACGCCGAAAAUAUAUACAUUAUGAGAAAUUGUUAUUUUUAACAAACAUACUAAAUAACGCAGAAAGCAAUAAUAACGACGAAUUUGAGGAAGGGAGUAAUGAUGCCGAAGAACAUGAUACGGAUGAUGACAACGAUGAUGCUAUUGAUGGUACUAAUGACAAUUUCGGUGAAAGAAAUAGCGGGUCAGAGGACGAAGAGCUACGGAAUAAAAGAUCAAAAGAGAAUUGGCCGGUUACCUGUCCGCAAACGCCAUCGGGAAGCAGUGACUGCAAAAAAAUCUAUAAGCCUCAAUUUGAAGAAGUAGAAAUAAAUAGUCCUCUGCCAAAUUAUGACGAGGACACAUACUUUUUACUGUCCUUAGUUCCGCAAAUAAAGACUUUAACGAGUGAUGAAAAGUUAGAUGCAAAAAUUGCAAUACUCCAAGUCAUAAAAGACAUAAAAAGGAGAAAAAUUAAUUCAUAGUAUUAGUAUAUACGUUAUAUGAAAAUAUGUACUAUAACAUACAGUUUAUUAAAAGAUAAAAA